AUGUUCUCCUCCAAAUUCCUUAGUGGGGCAAACCCCCUCAAUGCUGUGUCUUCGGCUGUAAAUAAGUUUGGUUUGUUUGGAGAUGAUAGUGAGGGGGAUAAAAAAUCACCUCCUCAGCAGGGACAGAAGCAAUCUGGACAGCAGAAGCCAGUAGCAGGCUCUGGAAAAGACCAGCAGCAGCAGCCGCAUCCCCAUAAACCAGGCCAGACCCCCCCUAUGCAAAAGACCCAACAACUUCCCAAGCAAGGUUCACCGCAGCUGCAUGGGAAUGGAAAAACAGGCCCCUCAAACAAACCUGCUGGGCAACAAACAGCUUCAAAGACAGGUACACAGCCUGAAGUCCAGCAUAAAGGAGAACCCCUCAAAAAUCAGCCUAUACAGCAAAGUUCACCUAAACCUGGAGAUCAACAGCAAAUGAGGAUGCAACAAAAAAGCCCUGCUCAGACUGGUGCACAGAAACAAGAACCUGCAAAGACUGGGGUACAAAGAUCAACAAAGGUUGAGCCUGAGGUUGGAAAACAACAGCAGGGAUCACCAAAAAUGGGACAGCAAAAGGAUGACCCGUCUAAGGUAGGACAAGAGCAGAAAGGAAUCAGGACCACAUCCCAACAGCAGCCCCCUGAUAAGCAUGGUCCUCAUCAACAAGGCAGUAAGGGACCUGGUGCAUCUGACAUGACACAAGCAGGGUCUUCAUCACCUGGAACAACCAAAGCAAGAUCUCAGCCAGCAGCAGUAGUGAAGUCUCUCUGCCCAGUGUGUAAAACAACAGAACUUAGAAAGGAGCCAGCUAACCAUAAAAUCUGUACGCAAUGUAAAAUGGAUGUGUGCAGCUUGUGUGGCUUCAGCCCUCCAGACUCUGAUAGAGCUCAAGGAUCUUCUGAACCACCAGGACCUCCCAUGAAAAACCCUACACCCAACAAAAUUUCUGGUCCUCAAAAACAGACACCAUCACCUGCCGAGCCUGUCAAAAAAGAAAUGGCAGCACCAGGUUCACCUCAGAAAGUUCAGUCUAAAUCAACAAAAGUGCCAGAAACAGGAGAAGCUGCUAAAGGACCGGAGGGUAAAAAAAAAGCCAGUCCAGCACCUGUUCAGAAAAUGACACCUGAGCCCCAGAGAGCAGGGUCUCCUAAACCACACCAAACUCAUCAAACUGAACGCAAGCAAAGCAGUGCCACCCCAGCACCCCAGCAGCAGUCAGGAGGUUUAUUCAGCUUUGGCGUUACUAAAACUGAAACUGCAAAGACAGAAGAAUCAGUGACUGGAAAGAUGUUUGGUUUCGGUUCGUCCAUUUUUAGUUCUGCAUCUAAUUUGAUAGCUUCAGCGGUCCAAGAUGAGGCAAAAACCACACCACCGGUUUCUCCUAAAAUGCAAUCUACAAAGGAGACCAAGCAACCUUCUGUCCAAAAGUCAGAGCAAGACAAGAAACAAGAUCAGCCUCAACAAGCAAAGGUUCAUCAAGCUGGACAGUCAAAAGUAGAAAAAUCUCUGCCAGUGACUCCAAAGACAGCAGCAACUUCCCACAGUGCAGCUACAGCAGGCCAGUCCACCUGUCCUCUCUGUAAUAUGGGGCUCAACAUCAGCUCGAAGGAGCCGCCGAAUUACAACACCUGCACUGAAUGCAAAAGCAUUGUCUGCAAUCAAUGUGGUUUUAACCCCAUGCCAAAUGUUAACGAGGGAAAGGAGUGGCUAUGUCUAAACUGCCAGGUGAAACGAGCUGCUGGAGGAAUUGAACCUCAAAUUGACACAUCUUUGGGCAAAGCUUUUAAAAAGACUUCUCCAGUACCGCCUGCACCACAGAAGACUAAUGCACCAGGCUCUCCCCAGAGAAAAGUAUCAACAUCAGCAGCACAACCAGCAAAGGCUAAAGAACCAGACAGUCAAAAGGCAGUCAGCCCAACUCCUGGUCAGACAAUACCGAAGACGGAACCACAGCAGAUGAGUCAAACUGCAGAAAAGCAGGAAAAUAUCCCUAAAGCUGCACAGCAAGAGUCAGGAGGCUUCUUUGGUUUUGGCGGUCCUAAAGCUCAGCCUGAUGCUGCAAAGCCUGUAGAGUCAGUGACUGGGAAAAUGUUUGGUUUUGGUUCCUCCAUUUUCAGCUCUGCAUCUACUUUGAUUACCUCAGCUGUUCAAGAUGAACCCAAAAGUACUCCACCAGUUUCUCCCAAGAUGUCUGCUGCAAAGGAUUCUAAAUCUCCCACUCCUAAAUCUCCUCUUCCAGUCAAGAAACUGCAAGAAGAGAUAAAAACAGAAGAGCCAGAGAAAGCCAAGGGACCACCAUCAGUACAGCCAAAAGCAGACAGACCAUUGUCAGAGCCACCAAAGAAAACAUCAGCUUCACCAGUUGUUUCCAAGGCAGGACGGUCUACCUGCCCCCUCUGUAAAUUGGAACUUAAUGUGGGCUCUAAAGAUCCUCCCAACUACAGCACUUGUACUGAGUGCAAAAACACUGUCUGCAACCAAUGUGGAUUUAAUCCUAUGCCAAAUGUUAAGGAGGUGAAAGAGUGGUUAUGUCUCAACUGUCAGAUGCAGAGAGCACUAGGAGUAUCUGAACCUCCAGGAACCCCCAUGAUGAAACUACAGGCCUCACCGAGUAAAGUCACUGCACCUGACACUGCCCUAAAAAAGGAAACCCCCCCAGUGGAUAAACUUCAAAAGAAAGACGAUGUGACAUCUACUGAAUCUAAAUUAAAGGAAACCUCUCCAUCAAACUCACCUCAGAGGAAACCACAAAAACCAGGAGAGCAGCUGGCAAAGACUGAAGAUUUAAAAGGAUCUGAAAGUCAGAAGCAGGCCAGCCCAGCUUUUGGUCAAAAAAAUGCACAGCAAAGCCAGAAGACGGGUCCUCAGAAACCACCAGACCAGAUGAAUCAAGCAGGAAUCAAAAAGGGUAGUAUUACUUCAACACAAGGGGAAUCUGGAGGGUUCUUUGGCAGUCCCCCAGCUCAACCUGAUUCUGCAAAGCCCCCUGAAUCACUGGGUGGAAAAAUGUUUGGUUUUGGUUCCUCAAUCUUCAGCUCUGCAUCCACUUUAAUAAACUCAGCUGUGCAAGAUGAAUCCAAAAAGACACCACCGGUUUCUCCCAAGAUGUCUUCUGCAAGAGACUCCAAAUCUCCCACUGUCAAGAAACUGGGACAGGAGAAAACAUCAGAGCAAUCACAAAAAGACAAAGGUUCACCAUCAGUACAGCCAAAAGCAGACAAACCUCCACCCAAGAUAUUAUCUGCUGUGCCUGUUGUUUCCAAGGCAGGCCAGUCUACUUGUCCUAUUUGUGAAUUGGAACUCAAUGUGGGCUCUAAAGACCCCCCCAACUACAACACCUGUACCGAGUGCAGAAACACUGUCUGCAACAAAUGUGGAUUUAAUCCUAUGCCAAAUGUUAAGGAGGGGAAGGUGUGGUUAUGUCUCAACUGUCAGAUGCAAAAAUCAGCAGAGCAGCCAGCAAAGCCACAGCAAAGCCAAAAGACAGGUCCUCAGAAACCACCAGAACAGAAAAAUCAGACUGAAUCACUGGGUGGAAAAAUGUUUGGCAUUGGAACCUCUAUCUUCAGUUCUGCAUCCACUUUAAUAAACUCAGCUGUUCAAGAUGAAUCCAAAAGGACACCACCAGUUUCUCCCAAGAUUCCUGCCUCAAAGCCUAGUGAAUCACCUUUUGUUCAGAAACAUGAGCAGGAUAAGAAGCAAGAGCAAGUUCAGCAAGCCAAAACCUCUCCUUUGCUACAAGCCAAAGUAGAGAAAGAGCCAGCUUCACCAGCUGUUCCCAAGGUGGGCCAAUCUGCCUGUCCACUCUGUAAAAUUGAACUCAACUUUGGUUCAAAGGAACCUCCCAACUACAACAAAUGCACUGAAUGCAAGAACACUGUCUGUAACCAAUGUGGAUUCAAUCCAAUGCCAAAUGUGUCAGAGGUAAAAGAAUGGUUAUGCCUCAACUGUCAGAUGCAGAGAGCUCUUAGCACAUCUGAACCCACAGGACCUCCUGUGAAACAGCUUCAUAGAGAUGCAAAAGUUUCUCCAUCUGCUUUACGUCAGAAAACAGCAGUUACUAAUCAAGUGGAAACUAAAAAGGAACAAAUAAAAUCAGAUGCAUCUUCUAAGGUGGAGACUCCAGUGCCUGAUACACUUCAAAAGGAGAGAGCCACACUAGGCUCUCCUCAGAAGACACGAUCCACAGCAGGUCCACCUUCAUCUAAGGAUGCUAAAGGACCAGAAAGUGAAAGACGACCUAGUCCAACUCCUGGUGAGAAAAAGCCUCUUGAUAUUCCAGUUCCAUCGGGCCCUGAGAAACCAACUGACCGCGUGAGUCAACCUGGACAAAGACAGAGUAAGGUCACCCCAAAAAAACAGGAAGAGUCUGGAAACUCAAUAGGAUUGAGUGGUCCUAAAAUGGUGACUGAUGCUUCAAAAACAACAGAAUCCAUCAGUGGAAAGAUGUUUGGUUUUGGUUCUUCCAUUUUCAGCUCAGCAUCCACUUUGAUAUCAUCUGCUGUUCAAGAAGAAUCACGGACAACGCCACCAAGCUCUCGAAAAAUGUCUGCACCCGCACAAGUCUCUCCAAAAAGUACACCAACAGUUUCUCCCAAAAUGUCACCAGCAAGAGAGCCCAGAACUCUUCCUCAGAAGCCAGUUCCAGAGAAGAAACCAGAUGAAUCCCAUCAGAGCAAAGAUGACAAAGCUCCCCCACAGCUAUCAAAGGUAGCAAAAGUCUCUGAAAUGGUUCCCAAUGCAGGCCAGACAGCCUGUCCACUGUGUAAGGCUGAGCUUAACAUGGGCUCCAAGGACCCACCUAACUAUAACACCUGCACUGAGUGCAAGAACACUGUCUGCAACCAAUGUGGAUUUAAUCCCAUGCCAACAGGAGAGGUAAAAGAGUGGCUGUGUCUUAACUGUCAGAUGAAAAGAGCAGUUGGAGCUUCUGAGCUUCCUGGAUCUCCCACACUGAAGUCACAACUAUCACCCAAUAAAGCUCCUUUACCUGCUGCUGUCCAGUUGAAGGAAUCUUCCAAACUGACUACUCCUCAAACCAAGGACAGUCCAGGCCCUCCUGUACAAAAGGAGACAUCAGAAGCAGUCUCCCCACAAAGAAAACAAUCAACACCAUCACUAAAACAGGCUAGCCCAACACCUGACCAUAAAACACUACAAGAAAAAGUGAAAACAGGUCCAGAAAAACCACCAGAUAAGGCACCCCAACCUGGACGUAAGCUAAGUAAUGCCACAGCAGCAACACAGCAAGAGUCAGGAGGCUUUUUUGGUUUUGCUGGUCCUAAACCUCAACCUGAAGCUGCAAAGUCUGCAGAGUCCGUGAGUGGAAAGAUGUUAGGCAUUAGUUCUUCAAUAUUCAGUUCUGCAUCUACUUUGAUAACCUCAGCUGUUCGAGACCAGCCAAAAACUACUCCACCAGUUUCUCCCAAGAUGUCUCCUGCAAAGGAACCUAAAUCUCCCACUGUGAAAAAAAUAGAGCAGGAGAAGGAAUCUGGGCAACCACAGCAGGUAAAGGGUCCAAUACAGUCAAAAGCAGAGGAGACUAAGUCCCCUGUUUCCCAGAGGCUGGAGCAGCAGACUUUAACUGAGCCAUCCCAGCAGAUCAAGACACCUCCAUCAAGACAGGUGCCAUCAGAAAAUCCAAAGGCUGCAGCAGCUCUCCAAGCAGCUGCUAGACCAGAUCAAUCUACCUGCCCUCUCUGUAAGCUCAAACUCAACACUGGUUCCAAGGAUCUGCCCAACUACAAUACCUGCACUGAAUGCAAAAACACUGUGUGUAACCAGUGUGGAUUUAACCCUAUGCCAAAUGAAACAGGGGCAAAGGAGUGGUUGUGUCUCACCUGCCAGAUGCAGCGGGCUUUAGGAGCAGCACAGCCGCCAUCGGUAACUUCUGUAAUCUCUCAGGCACCUGCAAAACCCGAAAAGAAAGAUGUUACCAGCCCAGCUGAACCUGAAAAGAUGGCAUCAUCACAGCAGUCACCUCAGAGGAAACUAUCUGCAGCAGCACAGCCUGCUACAUCUGAGACUAAUGUCAAGCCAGAGGUUCGCAAACAGUCCAGCCCAGUUUCUUCUCAGAAAAUUCCACAGAAGCCCCAGAAAACAUCAGGUCCUAACAAAUCACCAGACCAAAUCAGACAGCCUGAACGUAAGCAGAGUAAUGCCACUGCAGCAUCUCAGAAAGAGUCUGGAGGCUUUUUUGGAUUUGGCAGUGGUAAACCUCAGCCCAAUGCUGAAAAGCAGGCAGAGUCAGUGACUGGAAAAGUGUUUGGCUUUGGUACCUCCAUUUUCAGUUCUGCAUCCACUUUGAUUACCUCAGCUGUUCAGGACCAGCCUAAGACUCCACCAGUUUCUCCUAAAAUGUCCCCUGCAAAAGAGAUCAAAUCCCCUGCUACUCAGGAGAAAAAGAAGCCUGAAGAGCUCCAGCAGACCCAGACACCUCCACUGGUCUCAGCCAAAGUGGACAAAGCUCCAUCAGAACCCCCUAAAACAGGUGAAACCACAGUCAAACCAGGCCAGCCCACCUGUCCACUCUGUAAGGUUGGGCUCAACAUGGGGUCUAACGAGCUGCCUAACUACAAUGUCUGUACUGAAUGCAAGAAAAAUGUCUGUAACCAGUGUGGAUUUAACCCAACACCAAAUGAAACAGAGAUGAAAGAGUGGUUAUGUCUGACUUGUCAGAUGCAAAGAGCCCUCACAGUAACUAAAUCAGUACAGCCCCCACCAAUGAAACUUCAGGCAUCACCCAGCAAAGUGUCCACACCUGCUGAUGCUCAAAAAGAUGCCUCUGAGACUCAAAAGAAAGAUGUUAUUCCCACACAAAAAGCAGAAGUUCUAGAGAAAAAUCAAAAGGAAAGUCCAAGGCCAGAGGCACUACCAAAGAAAACGGAUAUUGUACAAACUCCAAAGACUGUUCCACCUGCAAACGACACCCCAGCUACUGUUUCAGCCAAAGCAGAAGAGGAGAAAGUUAGUUCACUGCCUGCCAAGGAUGUUCAAGCCUUCACUGCAUCUCAAAGUGAAGAGAGACAACUGCCUUCCCAAGGUCAACCUGUCACCACUAAUGCUGAAACUUCACUUAAGGAGAAAAGUGAUCUUCCACCUGAAGAGAAUUCAGAAAAGGCUCAAGCUGAAACAGCCCAGAAAGCAGCUGAUCAAUUGAUCACAACCUCUGAUGAAAUACAGCCACAACAAGACCUAAACAAAAAAUCACACCAAGUUGUUGCUCAGGAACAACAUCUGGAAAAGAUCCCGAAGCAGCCUCAGCUGGCCAGGGGUCCUUCAGCAGAGCAGACAUUAAUGGAUAAAACCCCAUUAGAGUCUGCAAAACCAGAAGCUUCCCAAACUGCCCCCAAAGUGGCUCACUCUACUUGUCCACUCUGUAAAGUGGAACUGAACAUGGACUCGAAAAAUCUUCCAAACUACAACACCUGCACUGAAUGCAAGACCACCGUCUGUAACAAGUGUGGAUUUAGUCCUAUGCCAAACGUAACAGAGGUGAAGGAAUGGCUAUGUCUCAACUGCCAGAUGCAGAGAGCACUUGGGGCCUCUGAACCUCCAGGCCUACCCAUGAUAAAACCACAACCUUCACCGAGCAACGAGGUCCCUGCCAGCACACAGAAGGAAGAUGAAGCUUCUCAGAAAGAUGUUCCUAAGCCAGAUGUACCCCAAGGUGACCUUACUAGCAUCCCUGCAGCCAAAGAAACUGUCUCCUCAGUCAAUAUUGAGCCAACUAAGAAAGUUACUCCUACAGCUGCUUCAGUGCCUGACAAAACUAUUUCAUCCACUAUCACCAAGACUGAUGUUUCACAAAAGCCUUCUGCAGAGACUCCCAAGGGACAACCAGGUACACCCCAGCAACAAACUCCAAAAGUUCAGACUACUGCUAAGCCUGCUGCUCCACCUGAUUCAAAGGCCGAAAAGACAUCCCUACAACAGCCUCCAAAAACUACAACUUCUUUAACUAAGUCUACUCUUCCACCUGAUCAAGAAGCAAUAAAGGCACCCGCAAAACAGCCUCCAAAAACUGCUACCCCUCCGGCUAAAUCUGCUCCACCACCAGUUCAGCCUGCAAAACAGGAAUCAGGAGGCUUUUUUGGUUUGGGCAGUCCUAAAACACAGCCUGCUGCUGCAAAAUCUGCUGAGUCAGUGACAGGAAAGAUGUUUGGCUUUGGAUCAUCUUUCUUAAGCUCUGCAUCCAACUUGAUAACAUCAGCUGUCCAAGAUGAACCUAAAACUACACCACCAACGCCACGUAAAAUGUCCACUACAACCAGUGUCACUCCUAAAACUACACCACCAGCUUCUCCUAAAACGUUACCUGCAAAGGACACCAAACCACCUACUGUUCAGAAAACGGAGGAGAAGAAACCAGAGAAACCACAGCAGGAUAAAACUCCUUCAAAAGUACACGCCAAAGUGGACGGAGCUCCAUCAGAGCUUCCCAAGGUGCCAACAGACACCCAAGGUGCUUCAAAAGCAGAUCAGUCCAUCUGUCCACUUUGUAAGGUGAAACUCACCGUGGACUCCACAGAUCCUCCUAAUUACAACACUUGCACGGAAUGCAAGACAACUGUCUGCAGUCAGUGUGGCUUUAAUCCAGUACCAGAUGAAUCAGAGGCAAAGGAAUGGCUUUGUUUAAACUGCCAGAUGCAGAGAGCCCUAGGAGUAUCUAAAGCCACUGAACCUACUGUAGUGAAACCACAGCCCAUGCCAAGCAAGGUUUCUACACCUCCUCGCUCUCAACAGAAAGACAUGCCCAUAUUAGUCCAGAAGGAGAAACCAGAUGUCCAAAAACAAGUUACUCAAACAACUCAACCCAAAAAAGAAACUCUCAAAGGUGAGGCCCCAGUGCCAACUGCAGUCCAAAGGAUGGACACAGCACAGCAGGAUUCUGUGGAAAAGUCACAAGGACAAGCUCGUGAUGUGGCUGGCCAGCCAAAGCUAGUUGGAAAACCUCCACCAAGACAGAUUUCACAAACUCCAAAGCCAGAAGUAAAGCCAGGUCUCGCAAAACAAGAAGCUGGCAAACUACCACAACCGCCCUCAAAAUCUGCGACCCAACCUGCCAAGCCUACACCAUCACCAGCUCAAGCAACUAAACAGGAGUCAGGUGGCUUUUUUGGCUUUGGUGCCACUAAACCUACUACUCCAAAGCCUGCGGAGUCAGUGACCGGGAAGAUGUUUGGUUUUGGUUCCUCAAUUUUAAGUUCUGCAUCUACACUGAUAACCUCAGCAGUUCAGGAGGAACCUAAAGUUACGCCACCUACUCCACGGAAGAUGUCCACUACAACCAGUGUCAGCCCUAAACCUACACCUCCAGUUUCUCCUAAGAUGCCUCCUGCAAAGGGUAAACCACCUGCAACACAGACAUCCGAGCCACUUCAACAGGCCAAGCCUACUCCAUCAGCACAGGACAAAGUAGAGAAACCUCUACAAGAGCUUGAAAAAUCCAAAGAAGUGCUUCAGGUUGCUCCUAAAGAAGGUCCGUCCAACUGUCCUCUCUGUAAAGUCAAACUCAAUGUGGGAACCAAGGAUCCCCCCAAUUACAACACCUGUACUCAAUGCAAGAACACUGUAUGCAAUCUUUGUGGAUUUAACCCCAUGCCUCAUACAGCAGUGAAGGAAUGGCUGUGUUUAAACUGCCAAACUCAAAGGGCUUUGUCAGGACAGCUGGGAGACUCAGGGAAAAUGCCUCAACCUUCACCUGCACCCGUCAAGUCAGAGACCCAGGCCACACCAGCAACCAAAAAGGCAGAGCCCAAAACUGCCUCCACAAAGGCAGAGCCCAUGCCUGGACCUGCAAAAUCACAGCCCCUCCCUGUCCAUAUUGAGGCAGUACCAACAGUUUCAAUGCUAAAAGCAAAUGUUGAAUCAACACCUGUCAAGACUCCUACACAAAUUGAGCUUGAAACAACAUCUUUACCUACAACAGAAGCAGUUUCAAAUCAACCUUUAACAACAUUCACAGUAAAAGAGGUAACACCAAAGGCUGAUGCACCAGACACAAAAGUUACCAAGAAAGUAACCAUGGAAAAUAAAGAAGAGGUACCAAAAACAGAAAUCAGCAUGGCAGAAUUACACAAAUCUGAAGAGUCUAAACCUGACAUUUCAAAAGCUGAAGUUGAAGCAGGUGUAGCUGAACCUUCGGCUUUUCCAGUUCCUGAUGCUUCAGUUGUCCCUGCAUCCCCUGUUGCUGCAGAGGUUGCAGUGGCUGAAGUUGUUCCAGAGACUCAAACAAAGCCAGAUCUGUCUGUUCCAGAGAGGAUUAUUAAGAUGGUGGACACUGAUAACCACACCAACCUGACUGAGUCAUCAAUGUCUUUGCAGAAAGUUAAGGUGCAGCCAGAGUCUCCAGAAGGAGAAGGCGUCAUAGCAACUGACAGCAAGGAAAUUGCUGUUAAGUCCACUGACAAAAUUACCAUCACAACUCUGGAAUCACAACCAGUCCCUACAAUGAGUAUUAUAGGAAAACAUGAAGAUGAAAACAAAGAAGAGUUGAGUAAAAAACGAAAGGCCUCUCUUCCCACUGCGCAGGAUCUAUUGGGAAAAAUAACAACAACUACUAUGCUUGAAUCCAAACCAGAAGAUCAUGAUGAAGAGCAACCUCACAUUUUACCCAUAUCACAUGAAUUGAAUGAUGGAAUUGUGAGUGAUGCAAGUACAGAUCUACCCAUACUGGUAAAGGAGGAGAUUAAAGCUGAAAGAAGGCGCCUGAGUUUCCAAGCAAUGGAUGAGAGCAGUGAAAGUGAACUCACACCCUCACCAUCACCUAAAGUCCAGAGGAGGAGACUAAAGGUGAGCAAUAUUUCAUCCAGCAGUGAGGACAUCAAAACUGAGAGUGCUGACUCCUCUGUGGAAGACGAAGAGUUCAUCCGCAGGCAGAUCAUGGGUAUGGGUGAUGACGAAGAAAUGUCUGUAUCAGAAGAUGAGAAAGAAAAGAAUUUGGAAAAUGUACAAGCUGUAAAAGAGACUGAACUCGAUAAUACUUCAGUGACAGUCAAAACACUUUCUAGAAAAGGUAGCACAGAUAAUGAAGACAGCCCAGCAAGGAAGAAAGCCCUCCCAAAAACUGAAACCACGACUGAUCAAAGUGUUCCUGAAACAAUGCCCAGAACUACUUUCAAAAAAGCAAUUCCAGUCAUGAGACAAAGACAAAGCACUGAUGAAGAUGUAGAGAGCAUCACAGAAUCUGUGUCAAAGGGUUCAUCUAGUGUUCAAGCAUCUAGCUUUACUCCAGAAUCUUCACCUACAUCAGCCUCAUCCCUGGAAGAGGAUAGUGAUAGCAGCCCUAGUCACAGGAAGGUCAGUGGUGACAAACAAUAUCGCAAAGGUAAGCACAGACAACCAACUCAACCUCUUCCCACCAUUGAAGACUCCUCUGAGGAAGAGAAAAUGGGGGCCCAUGCACAACCAUUGUCCCCAUACAAAGAUUCUUCCUCCACAGAGGAUCUGAAACAAAUCAUUGUUGUAGGUGAAACUCACAGAACAUCUGGCUCUGAGUACUCUGCCAGUAUAGAAUCAGAACCAGAGGGUGUGCAAGCUGUACAGAGAGGACGUAAACCUUCACCAACAGUCAUACCAUACACCCCUCCUGAUCCAUUUAAAGAAAAAGAUAGUAUGACAAAAUCAUUAAAGAGUGCAGAAGAAGCAUACGAGGAAAUUAUUCAGAAGACAAAAAGUAUUCCAGGAGAGAGUCCGCCUGAUAUUGAGCCGCUCUACGGGGGAAUGGCAAUAGAGGACUAUCUUUAUGAAUCAUUAGUUGAGGAGCCUGAAAUUAAGAUGAGUGAAUCUCAGGAAGAUCCCAAAAAUGAUACUGGCUCUGAUUCUGUCAAAAAACUCAGGUCUCCUGAGGAGGUUUAUGAGGAGAUGAUGCAAAAAAAGAGAGAGUUGAUGAUGAUAGAGCACGAAUUUCAACAGGCCCAAAAUGCCAUGGACUCUUCUGCAUCAAGGGCUCCACUGGUCACUGGCCCUACCUCAUCAGCUGAAACUUGUGUAGUGACUAUAGAAGAGACAUCCCCAACUGAAAAACUUGAUAUGCCUCUAAUAGGCAUUGAAAGUUCAAGUGAAGUGUCAGUGAAGAAAAAGAAACGACCAGCCCCUCCACGCCCUUCUGAACCCCCUAAGCGCCCUGAGGUAACUGUUGUCCCCAGUACUCCCAGUGGGGCUAUAAGCUUUGUUAGGCCUAUGAUUCCACAAGAUCCUGCACUAAGAAAGGCAUUGUUCCCUAUACCAGACCUCAAGAUUACCCAGUGUUCAUCUGGGGAGGAAGAGGAUGACAGUCUUGCAGAUGAAUAUGGCAUUGGUAUUUCCUCUGACAUUACCCCCAGUGAUGACUCAGAGACUAAGGAAGAACCAUGCAUAAGCCCACCUUUCUAUGAAACUGCUGAGAUGGAGCCUAUCUGUGUAGUCUGUGAAAUUCCAGAGCCAAAACCUAUUCCAGCUCCAAUAUCAGCCCCAGAACUGACCACUACACCUUCUCCUGUAUCACCAGUGUCACCUCCAACUUCACCAGCUAGUCCAGAUUCUAGUUUGGCCUCUAAUGCUACAUCUUCGUCUCCAUUUCAGGCUCAAACACCUCUUUCAUCAGAUUCAACUCCACUGUCUACACCAACACCUCCUACUUCAUUUAAAACACAGUCACCUCCAGAGAUAUCAUUGCCUGUCACAAAUGGAGCACUACCAUCUAAUGAAAACUCAGUCUCUUCCUCUUCUCCGGUCACAGUUAUAGUUACAAUACCAGAUGUGGUGUCUGCCCCAUCCAAAGCUCAAACAACUACAGUCGUUCAAGUUAAGACUUCUACAGUAGAAGCUGCAACUCUGGGCCUAAUGGAUAUGCCUUCCAUUGCACCUGUUGUGGUCCAAAUGCCAGACUUGGUUUCAUCUCCAUCUCAGGUGCCUGUCAACAUUCCAACUAUUUCACAGGUCUCAGCACCAAGUCCAGCACCUUCUGUUGUCUCAGUCCAUCGUACAGCACUAGUGGCAGCACAGCCUGUUGCAGUCUCGGCUCCAACUUCUGCCACUGUUUCCACUUCUAGCACUCUAUCCUCAUCCCCUGGACCAGUCAUAGUACAGAUGCCUGACCUAGUUUCAACUACAGCUCCAAUCUCAACCCAACCCCCAUUACCAGUCUCGGCACUUGUUACUACCCCAGCUCAAGCUGAAGCUAAAGUGGUGCACUCAGUCCCUGUACAAUCAGCGAUCCCAUCAGUGAGCCCAGUGGUAGUCCCACCUCUGGCUCAAACUGCCCAGAUGCCUUCAGCAGCAUCAACUACUAUAGUCAAAAAGAAAGUCCCACCUCCUCCUCCCCCUCGAUCCACUUCAGUAUCAUUACCUGAGACUAACGCAGAGCUGCCUUUUGUAAAGACUGUUGAGCAUGUCAUCCAGACUACUUCAUCAAUGGGAACCACAGCUACUGGACAACCAAUGCAAUCGGUAGUUGUGGAUAUACAACCAAGAAUGGAAGUCAUGCAAUCAGAUGGUGGAGCUGUACCUCAGUUAGUAACACCAAAUAGGCAGGGGCAUGUAGUUAUCAUAGUCCCCAGUGUGGAAAACAAAGCUUUGUUUGAACAAAUGACAAAACAAGAUAUACCUAGCACAGGUCCAAUAUCUUGCACUGCUUCUGCACCAUAUGGUAGUCAAGUACCCCCACAUUCUGCUUUAGAUGUGUCCAGUGCAGAUAUAUCUUCACUACCCACUAAGGUGUCAGCAGUGCAGGAAGUUUCAGCACCACCACUUCCACCUAAACCCAUAGUGGGGGCAAAAGAGGUAGACACAGUAGAAGUCCCCAUUUCAGAUUUAAGUCCAGCACCUCCUUCAACUUUACCCAAACCAACAGUUUAUCCCAAGCCAUCAGUUCCCACUCCAGUGACAAUUGCUAAAGCAAAAUUAUCUCCAGUUUCUGCUACAACUUCUACUCCUAGUCAAACUACCAAGCCUCCUCCACCCAUACCACCUAAACCUGUAUCAAUUCCAGCUGGACUGGUUUUCAGUCACAAACCAGGAGAAAGUGUCAAGCCACCUCCUCCUGUAGCUCCCAAAGCAGCAACCCUCCCAAGGACAAAAGAACCUCCAAAGGCUCUAUCACUUAGCCUGACACGACCUGUGGAAUCUAAGUUGGGUGCAACAUCUCCUAAAUCACCUGUAUCUCCAAGACAUGGGAAAUGUUUACAAACUUAUGUAGUGAUAACUCUUCCAUCUGAACCUGGUUCACCAACAGAGGCCAUAACUGUCCAAGCACCUGUAAGAAGAGGAUCCAUUCCUUCCACAAAAGUGUCAGGGGUACGGACCACACCGUCAGAACAGAAAACACCGACUGAGGCAUUCUCAGCACAGGCUACAGUUAGGAGAGCCUCUGUCCCCACUGUAAGGCAUCCACCUCCAAUCUCUGUAGCUUCAUCUGUCACUGAACAAAUGACAACCUCUAAGGUAGUAGUAGCUGAAGUCAGAGCUAGGACAGACACUGUGCCUUCUGUAGUGCAACCACCACUUCCUGUAAUUGAUAUCAACACACUGCCAUCAGCUCAGGACACUUCUGUCCAAGCAUAUACUGUACCUAUUCCAAUCAAGAAACCAUUUGUGCAACAGCAGCAAUCAGUGGCCCCACCACUGUCACAACCUAAAACACUAUCUGAGGUCAUCAUAAUGCCUCCAGAGCCAAAGGUUCUUAUUCAGCCAGUCCAAGCCACAACUACAGAAGUCAUAACAAUUCCUUCAGUAAGUUCAGGUGAAGCACUGGUUCCUCAGGCUCCCAAACCAAUAGCACCUUUGCAACCAGAGCCUGUGAUUGAAGUUCUUUCUACUUCAUUGCAGCCUGGAGUAUCUUUAGGCACAUCUGUCCUCCAAGAUAGACCAGCUGCAACUGUUCUUGAUACACAAGCUGAAACAGACAUUGAAAUGCCUCAUAAAGAGCAAGAUGUACCUACUGAGGUCAUUGUCACAGAGGCAAUUCCACUAAGAUCACUAGUACCAGAAGUGAGUCAACAGAUUGCUGUUGAACAUCCACUUACAGUAGUUGAAGCAGUGACUCAUUCUCAAGAUCAAGAAUUGUUCACAGGUUUUAGCAAUAGUUGGACCAUUUCUGAACCCUCACCAGUUCUGCCUAUAGUGACAGAGCAUCUCCCUACUUGGCAACCACUUCUUGUAGGUGAAGUGGUGUCCCUCAUUACCAAGUCUGAAGUACCCACAGAAGUUAUUACAACUGACUCAGCUGUUAGAAUACCAGAGAUAGCAAUGGUACAUCCACUACCUCAUCCUCCACCUGUGAUAACUGAUCUUACCCCAACACCUGAAGUAGCUGAGUUAAUGCCAUUAACUACAGAUGCUGAGAUGAUAACUCUUAAAACUGCUGAAGUAACACCAUCACCUGUUCUCAUGGAAGUUGAACAAAUAGUUACACACCCAGAUAUACCCCCUGUUACAUAUAUUCCACAGGUUCGUGGAGGAAUUACAUCCUCGGUGAUGGCACAUUCAGUGCCACCAUUGGCAUUGCAACCUGGAUUUGAGCCUCCCACACAAAUUAUAACAAAGGAGCCUGGUGUAAUAGCAACUUCAAUACCACUGUCAGUGAUACAACCUCAGGUAGCGCUUGGGAUGCCAGUUAUUACAACUGAGGAAACCACCCAUAAGAGGAGGAUGUCCAUAUCUUCCAUAGUACAGCCACCAUACACCACAAGUGAGAGAUUUAUCUGUCCUGCAGAGUAUGAAAUGCCCACACAAGUUGUUACUGCUGAGGCCUUUGCUGCCACCAGGAGAGAAUCCAGAACCAUGCAGCAACCAUAUCCGUUAGUACAGGUAGUAAACCUGCCAGCUGAAAAAGAUGAUCCUAAUGAUGGUUAUGCUGUUCAGCUCCCCUACAGGAGAGAAUCCAUUCCAGAACACCAACCACAUGUAUUGACUUAUUCAUCGGAAUAUGAACACCCUCUGGAUAUAAUAACCACUGAAGAAUAUACCAGAAGGACCUCACUGCCCACAGUGCAAGACAUUCCACAGGGUGUAUCUGCAGCUCCUGUCACCAUCACUAAAAUUCAGCAAGAGUCUAUUGAGAGCCAAGAGAUUAGAGGAGCAGAAAAGAUGGUCUCUAGUAUGAGCCAUAUGUAUUCGUCUUCAAUUUCCACCUCAAGCCAGCCACCUGAAAGUCUACCUAGCCUAGUCACUCAAGUAGUUACCACUGAGGUCCAGAGGACCACUGUUUCUGUUGUCCAUGAAAGACUUCCACAGGUCCCGCCACCAAGUGUAGCAAUAACUAUACAACCAGACAUAGCUAAAGUCCAACCUGUACCCAAACAGAAUGGUAAAGUAAUUUAUCCCGGUGAUGUUAUUGAUUUACGCACUAUGAAGGUUGGCAUAAAGAUGACUGAGCAAGGCAUGGACCUGACUCCACCUGAGUCAUGUCGACAAUCUUUUUCGAGCGACUCUAGUGGCCGUCAAAUUACAGCAGUACAGCCUGAGAUAGUAAAUCUUAGUGCUGCAAUAACCCCUGCAACCACUCUGUCCGUUGUCACUGACAGCAUCACAAUUGUUACAUGCACAGCUACCAUUGCUUCCUAUAGCAACACUCCAGCAGAGAAACCACUUGAUUUGCAGGGUCCUGUUACAUCAUUGCCACUGCCUCUCACAACAUACAAACCAUUUGAGCCACUAGCACAGAUUGUAUACAGACCUGUGAACACCCAGCCCAUUAUGAGUGCUGUAGCAUCUACAGCUCAAGACAUACCAAUUAAUCUUUCCUUUGAAGCUCUUGUCUCCUCUGGAGGAAAACAGACAUCAGCCCCUGCAGUUAUCAGCAAUGGAGGGCCUAUCCUUUCUCUAGAGGCCACAGGGGCCAUGGAUCUGACAAACUACAAACCAGUGAGAGCUAUGGUAACAUUGUCUGGUACAAGCCCAGGAGUGGUGACCACUGUUGUAGAGGAUGAUGGCACUCCAAUGGACCUUACAGCUGGAAGGCGAAGUGUGUGCUGUGAUGUAAUUUACAAGCUACCAUUCACUGGAUCCUGCAGAACACAGCCUCCAGUUACAAGCCAGCCUGAUGACCGUUCUGGUUACAGACCUGAUCACUAUCAAUAUGAUAAUGCUGGACUGUAUGGUGUCAAAGGAACUAAUGGCAUAAAAGCAUCCGUGUCUGAAACCAACCUGACAGAGGCAGGACUGUUCUCCUAUGAUCCCAAAAGUGACUAUGACUACCUCAGUGGCUCUUCAGAUGGUGCUAUAGACCUCACUGCAGCUAAACUUUCUGCUGGUAAAGCACUAGACUACACUAGCAAAGCGACUGGAGUCUACCCUUUGAUGACUACUGCUCCAUACUCCCAGAUCCCUGCAGCUGGUUUUGGUGUAAAUAGUGCUCUAAGAACAUCAGAUGGAAUAGUUUACUCAUCAGUUGCUGCUCCUGUUCCAUCCACAUAUGCAAUUACAACUCAGCCGGGUUCCAUCUUUAGCACAACCUUAACACCUACAUCAAUAGUCCACAGCCAGCCACUGCCACAUCCAUAUGGCUUCAUUCCCACUACAGACCCAGGACAGAUAAUUGCUUUUGACACUGGGCUGUCUAAAGAGUUUCUGCCUACAGCUUUGGCUGACAUCAUAACUGGCUAUCCAGACAUGUACUCAGAUGCCACUCUGGAAGCAAUUGCUGCUUCUCUGGAUGCCCUAGCUUCUUCUCCAAUAUUCCCUGGCUUAGAUAACACCAAGAUGGCCCAGUAUCAAAUGGAGAGGGAAUUUCUAGAGCUAGAGAAGCUUAAGCAAUUAUGUCUUGCAGAGGAGCUGGAAUGGGAAAGGCAAGAAAUCCAGCGAUAUCGAGAACAGGAACAGCUUAUGGUCCAAAGGGAGCUUGAGGAACUUCAGGCUCUGAAACAGCAACUUCUCCUGCAGCAAGAAGAAGAGCAUCAUGCCCACAUGGUGGCUCAGCAGGAGACCUAUGCACAGCAGAAAGAGCAGUUGCAGCAAAUUCAGCAACUCCAACUGCAACUCCAGCGCCAGCUAGAUGAGCACUAUGGUAGCUCUGGCCCCACUGGAAACCUCCUAGAUGCUAAAUAUGCAGGAGUAGGGGACAGUGGGCAGUACUGGCCAGUCAAAGAUGAGUCUACAACUCCAUCUGCUGGGACACACAUUGAAGAAAGUCAAGAUUUAGUAAAGCUUCAAGCUGAUCAGGACAUAGGGAAAAAGAUUAUUGAUAGUGGCGUGCAGACAGAUGAUGAAGACUCAGCAGAGAAACAACAUGUAGGAAGGAGAAAGAAGAAUAAAAGAAAUACUGAUAGCUCAGCUCAGACUGACGACGAGGACCAAGAUGAAUGGGAUGCUCCCACAAAAGCUCGACGACGCUCUCGAAAGCAUAGCAGUGAUGGAAAACAUGGCUCCAAGGUCUCUAGCAUUGCUAUCCAGACAGUGGCAGAGAUAUCUGUCCAGACUGAUCACUCUGGAACUAUCAAACGACCUAAUGUUCAGAUGGACACAAAAGUAGAAAUCAUUAAGCAUAUAUCAGCUCCAGAGAAUUCUCAGAGAGGUGGAAGUCUGAGCUGUCAAACGGACUCUGACAGAAGACACGCACCCAUUGAGGUGGGCUACAGCACACACCUCUCAGCAGAUGUCCCCUCUAAGUCCAAAGCCUUCUACACUGCAGUUUCUCCACUGUCCCCAGAAAAAUCACUUGGAGGGCGAAGAAUGCUGACUGCAGACCCAACCAGAUUUUCUUCUGGUCCUCGGAUAUUAAAGACUGGUCAGAAAUCUCUAUCUGAUCCAAAAUCCCUUAGUCCUUCCACAGAAGACAGGAUGGGUGGAUACUAUGCAGACAGCUAUCCUGGCCGAGGUUCUCCCUCUAGCACAGGUAAGAAGGUAAAGAGAACACUACCAGAUCCCCCUCCUGAGGAUGACUCUCUCACAGGACGGUCAGGCUACAGCACCAACUCUGCCCGUCGCCGUCUAGCCCGUAGUACAACUAUGGCCCGGGCAAAGAUUCUGCAGGACAUUGACAAGGAGCUUGAUCUGGUGGAGAGAGAAUCUUCUAAACUUCGAAAGAAACAGGCUGAGCUAGAUGAAGAGGAAAAGGAGAUUGAUGCCAAGCUACGGUACUUAGAGAUGGGUAUCAACCGCCGUAAGGAGGCCUUGCUGAAAGAGAGAGAGAAGAGAGAAAGGGCCUAUCUCCAGGGUGUGGCAGAGGAGAGAGACUACAUGUCUGACAGUGAGGUUAGCAACAUCAGAGAGGCCAGAGGUGAUGGUCUUGAGAGACCACGGACGGCUCCCCAGUCGGAAUUUGACCAGUUCAUCCCCCCACAGACAGAAGCUGAUUCGCAGUACAACACACUGACUAGUCCCUAUUCUCACUAUGCUCAGUAUGUUCCCCAGACCCAAACCACCAGCCACUACACCCAACAGAACUUGUAUCAGCAGCAAUCACUUUACCACCAACAGGUGUCUCCUUACCCAACCAUGUCCCUUUCCCAUGCCCAGGCUCAGCCAGGCAGCUACCAACAUGCUCUGCUCUUGCAGCAGGGGAAGCAGCGACAAACCACCCUAUCUGAUUUAGAGCCUAAAAUCACCACUAACUAUGAGGUGAUACGCAACCAGCCUCUGCUCAUUGUGCCAACUUCCACAGAAAGUGGCUAUGGGGUGGCUCACCUAGGGAGCAAGUAUGGCAACUUGGACUUGAGGUUAGGACUUGAGGAGAGGAGCAUGGCCUCUAGUCCCAUGUCUAGCAUUUCUGCAGAUUCCUUCUAUGCUGAUAUUGACCACCAUAAUGCCAGGAACUACGUGCUAAUAGAAGACAUAGGGGAGCUCACCAAGGCUUCAACAGGGCUAAGCAAUACUGGUUUGGGUUCUGGAUUCAGCUUGCCUGAUAAGGAGUUAUCCAAGGCAGACAGACUCAGGCGCACAGCAGAGGUGGCAGAAUUUUUAGGCUCAUCUCGGCUUCAGAGUUAUGGCAAAGGAGAGGAUGACACUAUGGAGGAACCUUAUGAGCUGAAGCUCCUGAAGCAACAGAUCAAGCAAGAGUUCAGACGAGGAACUGAGGGACUCGAACACUUAACUGGCCUGGGCUUACCUCAAUAUCUCCCUAGUGAAAGCAAUUUUCGCCACUUCCCUAAAGGAGAGAAAUAUAGUAUUGGUCGGCUCACCCUUGAAAAACAGGCUGCAAAACAACUCCCAGCAGCUAUGCUUUACCAGAAACAGAUGAAGAACAAAAAGGCCCUCAUAGACCCUAAGGCCAUCACUAAAUUUUCCCCAAUUCAGGAGAGUAGGGACCUUGAGCCUGAAUAUGGUAACUACAUGGGAUCCGGAGCAUCCUCUGUGUCCAGUCUAGCUGCUAGGGCUAGGCUACUUCAGGAUGAAAUUACAUUUGGGCUAAGAAAAAACUUGUCUGAGCAGCAAAAAUAUUUAGGCUCCUCCUUGGGGGCCAACCUGUCUGGUUCUCUUAAUCUUGGGCAGUCUCUUGGACUUGGAUCCACUAUCAGAGCCACUGCCCAUGAUGAUGGCACCUACCCAAGUGGUACCCGUUCUCGCCCCUCUUCCCGACCCUCUUCUGUCUAUGGUUUGGAUCUAUCUAUCAAACGGGACUUGUCCAGUUCAUCACUAAGACUUAAAUCAGAGGGAGAGGUCCUGGAUGCAGCAUUUGCCCCUGGGGUGGCCAGAGCAAAACCCACUAGUUUACCUAUAAGCCAAAGCCGUGGACGUAUCCCCAUUGUUGCUCAAAACUCAGAGGAGGAAAGUCCUCUGAGUCCAGUGGGGCAGCCUAUGGGUAUGGCUAGAGCUUCAGCUGGUCCUCUCCCUCCGAUUUCCGCUGACUCCAGGGACCAAUUUGGGUCGAGCCAUUCCCUCCCAGAGGUACAGCAACAUAUGAGAGAGGAGUCUCGGACACGUGGCUAUGAUCGAGACAUCGCAUUCAUCAUGGAUGACUUGCAAGGUGCCAUGUCUGACAGUGAAGCUGGAGGCCCAAACUGGAAUAUAGAAGCCUACCACCUGAGAAGAGAGGACACAGAUUGGUUUGAUAAGCCAAGAGAGGGACAUCCUCAGAGUGGGAGCAUGUCAGACAGGAGACAGAUGAAACUCAUCCCUUAUGCCUUCCCUCACACUCGCGUCAAGCUUAAGAGAGACAUGAAGGACCCCAGUGUGUCAGGGAACGGACUUGGCAUCCGUGUUGUAGGGGGUAAGGACAUUCCGGGGAGUCGUGGAGAGAUUGGAGCCUACAUUGCCAAGGUCAUCCCUGGUAGUGUGGCAGAACAAACAGGAAAAGUUGUGGAGGGAAUGCAGGUGUUGGAGUGGAAUGGAGUCCCUCUAACGGGAAAGACUUAUGAGGAAGUGCAGUCUAUCAUGGGCCAGCCAUGUGCAGAGGCGGAGCUCUGUGUGAGACUUGACCUUAACAUGCUGUCUGACCCUGAGCACCCACAAGCCCUGGAGCACCAUGUCCAGCUUAAGGCUGGUGGACAGCGUUCCCCUGGAGUGGAUCCUAAGCAGUUGGCUGCAGAGUUACAGAAGGUGUCCCAGCAGCAGGCACCUGGUAUGGCUGGAGUAGGAGUUGGAGGCCUGGGGGUCCUCUCCGCACUGGAGCGCUCUGCCCUCCUGCACUCUGGUACUGGAUCAGCUGCUUCCAGUGGGGUGCCAAGCCCUGGCCAGCCGGCAUCCCCCGCCAUAAGCAAGAAGCAGCGCCACAAGCCAACAGAGGUGAUGAAGAUGCCUCAUCCCAUCACAGGAGAAAUUCAGCUACAGAUCAACUAUGACAGAAAUCUAGGAAACCUCAUCGUCCACGUCUUGCAGGCUAGAAACCUGGCCCCAAGGGACAAUGAUGGCUACUCUGACCCUUUUGUGAAGGUCUACCUUUUACCUGGGAGAGGCCAAGUCAUGGUUGUCCAGAAUGCAAGUGCUGACAACAAGAGAAGGACCAAGUAUGCCCAGAAGACCAUGAACCCAGAAUGGAAUCAGACUGUCAUCUACAAGAACAUUCACUUGGAGCAGUUAAAGAAAAAAACGCUGGAGGUGACAGUGUGGGACUAUGACAGAUCCUCCUCCAAUGACUUCCUUGGAGAAGUACUGAUUGACUUGUCAAAUACCUCCCAGCUGGACAACAUUCCUCGCUGGCUGCCUUUGAAAGAGCAGAGUGAAAGCAUUGAACACAGCAGAGCCCACCAUGCUGCCCAAGGUCCGUCGGGGUCUGGGUCAGGUCAGGGACAUGGCCAAGGCCAGGGCCACAUGUCAGGUUCUGGACAGGGACAUGGAAUGGGUCACAGUCUAGCACCAGGACAGGGAGAUGGGAGUCAUGAUUCACUUAAAAACUCUGUGAUCAAGAGCAGAAGUCAUGGAAUCUUCCCCGAUCCAGCUAAAGACAUGCAAAUGAUGCCUUUGGAAAAGUCCCACAGUAGCCCAGGCAGCUCCAAGUCUUCCUCAGAUGGCCAACUACGCUCCCAUGGCCCCUCCCGAAGCCAAAGCAAGAGCAGCGUCACUCAGGCCCACCUUGAGGAUGCUGGGAUAGCAAUUGCUGCUGCUGAAGCUGCCGUGCAACAAUCCUGCCUGCAACCAAGACCAGGACACCGGCUGAGUGAUGUCUCAGGGUCAGUGGUACUGUCUGCCCCAAGUCUGGUUGGAGAUGCUUAUGGAGGUCUGGAUAGUGAAGAUGGGGCAGGCACUGGAGUGGACAGUGCCAUUUUUCAAGUGCCACGCAUCGGCAAGACAAUUCCUAACGGCACAGACAAAAACCAACUUGAGACUGCAGAAAAUGAAGCUGGCAAAACACAAGUAAUGGGGGAGAUCAAGGUUGCUCUGAAGAAGGAGGUGAAGACAGAAGGGGACCAACUGGUCUUGGAGAUCCUUCAGUGCAGAAACAUCACUUACAAGUUCAAAAGCCCAGACCACCUACCAGAUCUGUAUGUGAAGUUGUAUGUGGUGAAUGUGGCCACCCAGAAGAGAAUCAUUAAGAAGAAGACGAGAAUUUGUCGACAUGACAGAGAACCUUCUUUCAAUGAGACCUUCAGAUUCCCCCUAAACCCAACUGGACACUCCAUACAGCUUUUCUUGGUGUCUAAUGGAGGGAAGUUCAUGAAGAAAACCUUGAUAGGGGAAGCCUACAUCUGGCUUGACAAGGUGGACAUGAGAAAGAGAGUGGUCAGCUGGCACAAGCUGUUCGUCAGCUCCACUCAGACCAACCCCUGAACACUACACCAAAAAGAUGCAGGUGGAAAUGCAGUGGAUCAGCCAAGACUAAAUACAGAGUGCAUAGUUCAAAGAUGUGAGCUGACAAAAAAAUGGAUAAGAGAAAAAGAAUAAGAGCAAAGAACAAGAUUCCUUUAAUUUAUUUCCUCAGUUUAUCAGUCAUAAAAGAAAGAUUAAUUAUGUGCUACUAACAUUGCAAUUCUAUCAGUCCAGCACUGCCAGCACAUAUCCAUCUCUUCCCAUUUCAGGUCUCUGCUGAUUUUGGAUCUAACAUGCAAACACAAAAGCAGGCACUGAUAGAUACUCAGCAGCAAUAUGGCUUUGAGGGCAGUGACGACUUUCUUACCACAGUUCUAUUUCCACAAUCCACAUGAGACGCUGAGAUGUGAUUCUGCACUACUGAACAAACAUAUCUAACAAAGGGAAAGAUGAAAGAAAAAUAGAAUCGUGGACUUAAUUUUAUUUUCUUCAUAUGAGAGACGUGGUUGUGUAAUGAUCGUGACGUGUGUGGACGUAAGUGGUCUUGGAAUAUUAAAUGAUGAAGAAAUGCAUACAUUUUUGUACGGUAUUCUUUCAGUUUCAUGUAAAAAGGACAAAAAAAACAAGAUAUAAAGCUAAUGUAGAACAGAGUCAGACAGAUGACCUUUGCUGUGGGAUGAAGAUUAAAUGUACAGCACUUCUGAUUGUAGAUAUCCCACAUGCAGGUUACAGAGCAUAUCAGAGAAUCACAUUGUACAGUGUGAUGUUUAUAUAAUAUACACAGAUAUCAGAUGCAGAAUAUAUCUAAGUAUAAUAUACCGCAUAAGAGUUGUUCUCUUGUCACUAGAUUAUAUAAAUAAUAUGAUACAGAUAAACCGACUUUGUUAGAUUGAGGCUGUGAGUGGCGCACUGACAAUCCAGUAAUCUAUGGUGUAGGCAGUCACAAUAACAAUUAUGUGAAUGUGGACCUAUGUGAGCUCAAGGAUGUUCAUAAUCAUGUUCAGUAGCUCCUUUGGUUCUCUGAUCACACUAAUGCACCACUAUAUUGAACAGGGCUGUGACAGAAUAAAAACAAGAUUCAAAGUCAAGGACAACCUCUAGUUACAGAUUACUGUUUUACUAAUGUGAUAUUCUUAGGAAAGGUUAGAAUUGAAAUAAAAAAUUUAAAAAAAUGAACAGCAGCUGCUGUGUUGAAUGUUAAAAGGACAACUGUGGAGGAUGAGUUUAACACAUCUGUCUCAAGUGUACAACAUUUUGCUUUAAGAUUGUUGUAGUGGCUCAGAGUUUGCUAAUAUUUUUUUUUUCUUUCUGUGUAGUCCAUCAUUGCACGUGUAAUUCACACAAGUCGUGUCAAAAUCCUAUGUAGAUCUGCAACUGUCAUUACCUCACUGUGACGGCCAUGCUGUCCGUGUGAUCGUAAAUCCCUCUGGUCUGAGUUUUCCCUCGAAAUAAUUUCAAAAUGAAGAAAAAAAAAAAUGCAUUACCACUCCAAUGGCAAGGUUCCUUUGUGUGUCUGGCUGUACUGUAAAACACUUAACUAUUUUGUGUCAGUGACUCCCAUUACAACACAUUGAACCAGCCUCUUUCACUGCCUGCAACCAAAACACUCAGGCCCACUGGCGUACAGUGAUGUAUAGGAUCAAAUGACAGCAUGGGGCCUAGUCUCAGUACUACGGUGUGAGUAGGUGACCCAUGUAUUUAUCUGUAGUCAUCUUAUGUUUGUCAGCUUAUGUACAGAAUUCAAAAAUGACCCUCAGAACUACUGUCAGUGUGUUUAGGCACAUCACAGAGCCAAUGCAACUGUUUCGAAUAUAUCACUGGAGGCUACAAACGCACUUAGAGCAAGAUGUCACUUAUCACUUAUUUUAAUAGAAGCAAACAAAAAAUAAGUGAGUAUAGUAAGGUAGGAAACAUGGCUAAAUUUUCAAUGUUGAUAAUUAUUUUUGUUGUGCCAACCAUGAUUUAUGCUUAAAUUCUUAAUAAUUGUAAUGAUUUCUUUUUUACAUUCCAGAUCCAUCGGUUUGUUUGAAGUAAUUCUAUGCAACAUAUAUGUUUGGAUGCAUUUGUGUUUUUGGAAUUAAAAUGUUUUAUCUGUGAACAUAUGUUCUUAAAAUGUGUCUUAUAAGAAAAUAUCUUUAAUUUGUACAUCAGCGGAAGAAAAUAAUAAAUACUCAGAUUUUUUACUGAUUUUAAUAUAUACUGAUGUUAACAGCUGUUAACAUCUACAUGGAUCUUGUGCACUUUAUCAUUGCGUUGUCUCAUUUCUUCCAUCGCGACAUGCAGGAUUACGUGUUUUGUGUUUAUGCACUGAAAUGAACUGAAUUGUGGUGUAUGUGGUGGCAGGAAAUAUUGUGGUGUGCAUUUUGUAUCGAUGUGGCAAAAGAAGAACAUGCAGAAAUGUUGGGGUUCCUAAAUAAAAUGCACAAUCUGAGGGGGGAAAAAAAAAUCACCCUAAACUGCAUCAUGCUCUCAGUGUACUUAAAAGUUAGCGUACACAGUACAGUAAAAAAGACAUAUUAUCUUGAUGCUCAGUCAUGACUGUUUAACCCCCCCCCCCCCCCCCGUUUCAUUAGACUUCAUCCAAGCUAAAUACUGUUUGUUUAGAUCAGCCGUUGCCUGUUAUUGUGAAACCAUUCAUUUGUUGUUGUUCUGAGGGGUGUGAAUGUGACUCAAGUUGUUUGACAUGUGUACAUAAAGUGUUUAUUUUCUACAAAGACUGAAUGUUUAUAUUGUCCAAAGUUUGAGCAUGUGAGUGUUGGAAAAAAAAAAAAAAAAUCACAAAAGACAUAUAAUUGUACAGCAAUUCGUGUCUAUAGUUGUAUAAGGGGAGUUGACUGUGUAAUCAAAACCUGUGCUGUCAACCAAUGACUAUGUGUGCAACUACGUCCUGUAAACUGCUGAAACAACACAAAGGGAAAAAAGAAAAAAAAAAAACUACUCAACUUCAAUAGUUGUCUGAAACUUUAUGUUUUGGAUGUUGCAUGUUUUGUUGAUGGUUUGUCAGUAUAUUUUGCCUAAAGAUUACGUUUAAAAAGAGAGAGAAUAUGUAUAGAUUUAUCUGUAUGCUGAGUGUAAAGAAAUAUGCUUGUAAAAUUGUCUUGUUUUUCACUCAGUGUAAAAACAAAGCAUAUACUGUUAUGGUUUUGUGGUUGUACACAGGAUGUGUUGAGAUAUGCAAAUCGUGCUGUAAAAAAAAUCAGCGUUUCCCCUGAGUCUAAAGAAUAAAUAUU